UUUCAGAUCUUUGCCAUGACCCUGAUUACAAAAAGGAACAAAGCGAUCGCCGAUUAUUUAGGUAGCAAUGGCUACACGGACGCGCUGGAAGCGUUCAAAAAGGAGGCCGAUAUGACCGGCGAAAUGGAUCGCAAGUUCGGCGGCCUCCUCGAGAAGAAGUGGACUUCGGUCAUCAGGUUGCAGAAAAAGGUGAUGGAGUUAGAAUCGAAGCUGUCCGAGGCUCAGAAGGAAUUCAUCGAGGGUGCUCCAACGCGCGCCAAACGCACUCCAGCCGAGUGGAUUCCACGGCCGCCGGAAAAAUUCUGCCUUACCGGACAUCGGGCCACCAUUACUAAGGUAAUAUUUCACCCAGUGUUCAGUUUGAUGGUCUCCUCAAGUGAGGACGCAACCAUCAAAGUGUGGGACUUUGAGAGCGGCGAGUACGAACGAACCCUAAAGGGACACACCGAUUCCGUACAGGAUAUCGCUUUCGACCAUCAUGGAAAACUUCUUGUAUCCUGCAGCGCUGACAUGUCAAUCAAGCUGUGGGACUUCAACCAAACAUUCGAAUGUGUAAAGACAAUGCACGGACACGACCACAAUGUGUCGUCAGUGGCUUUCUCACCGAGCGGCGACAUCGUCUACUCCGCCAGUCGAGAUAAGACCAUCAAGGCAUGGGAGGUGGCCACUGGCUACUGCAUCAAAACAUACAAGGGUCAUCGCGAGUGGGUGCGCAUGGUGCGUGUGUCACCCGACGGCACGCUCCUCGCGUCGUGCUCCAACGACCAGACCGUACGCAUCUGGAACGCCGACACCAAUGAAUGCAAGAUGGAGUUGCGCGAGCACGAGCACGUAGUGGAGUGCGUGUCGUGGGCGCCGGAGGCCUCCGCCGCGGCCAUCAACGAGGCGGCCGGCACGGACAACCGCCGCGCCAACCACAUAGGGCCCUUCCUGGCCAGCGGCUCUCGGGACAAGUCCGUUAAGAUCUGGGACGUGAGCACGGGGCAGUGCCUGGCCACGCUGGUGGGGCACGACAACUGGGUGCGCGGCGCGGCCUGGCACCCGGGCGGCCGCUACCUGCUCACGGCCUCCGACGACAAGACGCUGCGCGUCUGGGACGUCGCGCACACGCGCUGCCUCAAGACGCUCUACGCGCACCAACACUUCGCCACCAGUCUCGAUUUCCACAGGAGCUUGCCAUACGUGAUAUCAGGCAGCGUCGACCAGUCCGUCAAAGUUUGGGAGUGUCGCUAAGAGCGUUGCCAUUUUAGUAACUUAAACUCACCGAUGAUAUCCUUAUCAUUAAUUUUUCGCGUUGUAGCUACAAUGAGAGCCAUGUAAGCUGCUGUCAUUAUGGUCAAUCAUUUGAAAGGGAGAGACACUUGCGUCUCUGCCUUCUGCUCAUUGUAGUAUUUUUCGUACAUCUGACGAUGCUAUGUCUCAAUAUAUUAUCAACAUUGGCGUUAUUUUGUAGGCCCAAUUCUCGUUACGUGUUCAAUUUACAUCGGUUAGAUUCACACAUUCCAUUAAAGUGUAAUGGCACAUAGAAUCUGUAUAUUUUUUUAGUUAAACUGAUAAUUUCCGAAUUUUGUAAAAAUUUGGAACAUACUUUUAGUGAAAGCCGUGACGUAGCAUUCGUCAUGUACCUGCUCGCAACGAUGGAGUGACGAGUGUAGCUGUGUGUGUUAAUAUAAACUUUCAAUGUCUUGUUUUAUUUGAUAGUUAUUGUUUAUUCGUAAAACGUUUAGAUAUAAAUUUUAUUUGUUAUUAAUAAGUAAUUUGAUUUAUUACCCAGCCAAUCAGAUUUUGUACCUUGAUUUCUUUAUAUUAAUGUUAGUUUUAUGAAAUUUGAUAUUGAUAGUUAUUCAUGACAACCAUACAAUUUAGUAGACCACACUGAACUCAUCGUAUAGUAUGCUCCAUCAACUACUAGUGUACAUAAAGCUUUUGAUGUUUGUCUCAGCUCGAUACGGUGUUCAUUAUGCUUGUUAGCAUCGCGCCAACGACAUUAAUGAAUAUCUAUGGAGACAACGAAACCGACCCCCGACGUCCCGGGAUAGUGUAGCGACUUCAACUAUUUUAUAACGAUCGGUUUCUUAGGGACUUAUUUUAAGUUUUGGCAAUUCAAAACUUUAACUAUAAGUUAGAAAGUUAUAUUUCAAAAUUUUAUUUAUUUAUAUUGUCAGUUCUAUGUUUAUGUCUCAAACAACAAUUUUUUGUUAAGCUUUAGCAUUCGAUUGCUUCAUGGGUAAAUGUAAUACAAUUCAUAUUUUACAUUUAUAAUUAUUUGAUUUUAAAUUUAAGUCAAUUUCAUUUAUGUCAUCAUAAUUAUGUCUAAGUAAAUUAAUGUGUGAUAUAAACUUUAAUUAAUACUUUGAAUUACAGGCCUGUUUAAGGUAGCUAGAUUGAAGAGAAACUUAAUUGAAGCUUUCUAACUCGACUACGGCGAAGCCAAAUGUAAGCGAACUAUGUGUAAAAGAGUUCCCUCAUAGAAUAUUAUUUGCACUUAUGAAAUGAGGUUGCAAUAGAUUCUAUAGCGUGAGAGCGCGGCUGAUUGUGUUUAUCCGUGGUCGGGUAUUUGUUUUUAAUUUAAAAGUAAAGUGUCUAUUAAUACUAUCAAUAGUUAUUUAUUACAAUACGGAUUAAUUUGUUGCCUGGUUUUGUAGUGGUUAGUUGGUAGUGUAGUUUGCGUAGGUACGCUCAUACUAUUAGAAACAGCUGCGUUUAGUGCAUGACAUGAUGCAACGUGUACAUUGCUUCUAAACGACGGCCGGUAACACCACGCUAAUAUAUAUGAUAUUUACGGAGUUAUCGCUUUUACAAUACGGUCAUUAUUGCUUUUGUAUUCCUAAUCGUGAUAUAAUGUAUCGGGAGCCGCAGCUCGAGGAAUAGUUGCUUAACUUGGUAUCUAGUAACUCGUACAAGGAUUAUAUUCGCUUUGUCGGUGUGAAUUCGUAAAUAUGCAGGCCAAGGAGAUUGUAAUACCUAGUGUUGUGGCGUAUCUGUAGAGAGCGCUCAACGAGCUUGAAGGAACACCUGAGUGCUUAAGAUAAACGAAAAAUAUAAGCGCGAAUACAAACAUGUAAACAACGAACCAGAUCGCAAUUUGAUAAAUCAUAUACAUUAUUAAAUUGCCUGAACAUCACAAUACGGAUUUUCUAGUCAUUUUUUGCAAGCAUAUCCUUUUCGUAGAAUAACUUUGUAAUAGAUAGUGACAUUAAUUUAUAUUUUAAUGAAAAUAAAAUAUUUGUUAUACGGGUCUACGAUAUGGCAGUAAAAAUAUGCAUUCAUGUCAUUACAUAUAAGGCAUUCAUUAUAUUCUAAAAUUACCGGGCUUAUGUAACUCUGUUGUUUUUAUAGAAAAUGUAUCGAUUUAGGUCUAAUACAAAUAGCGGUAUUUAAACAUUAAAUCCAGAUAAUCAUAGAAUAAACAACUAAAUGAGCGCUCUCUACUACUACGCGUGCUAUAUUAUCUUGGCAUAGAAAUAUAAUCUCUUUGAAAUAAGGCAAUUGCCUACUAUAAAUAUAAAUAAUCUGCUGAACAAUAAUAUGUUCUUCAUAAAAUGUUUGUAUUACAAUUUUUAAAUUAAGUAUCUUGCACUUUUAAAAAUGUAAUUACCGUAAGAAUAAUAUCAUCAACAUAGGUUAUCUACUUGCAGAAUUCUCUUGGUACAUAGAUUCUUAUAGUAUAGUAAGAUUUCCUUGCUACAGAAUAGCUCAGAGAAUAUGUGACUGGCGUGAUAACAGGAGAAUUUUGCAGUUACUCAUAAUAAAUGCUGUAACUUGUCAAAAUUGAUUACCGAAUAAACCCAAAUAGAUUUGGUUCGCGUUUCAUGUAAAUAAACAAGUAUUUAAUUUAUUUUA